GCUCGCUCAAGUAAAACGUAGAUUAGGCAUUUUUGAUGACAAUGAUUCCGAUUAUUUGUUCGAUGAAAUGCUCUAUUCAAUGUGUUCGAUUGCGUCGCAUCUUAGCUUUCACAUAUCUAAUAAUUAAUGCGUAAUAAUUGGAGCGAAAAGGUUGUGAAAAAUUUGUGAUUUAUUUAAUCUUGUGAAUUCUGAGUAUUAUUGAACAUUUGUGACUUAAAGUAUUGAUCACAUUUUUUUAAAACUUCUCAAAAAAAUCAAAACGCAAUACGCAAUGUCCAAGAAAAUGAAGAGAAUGGCUUUAACCGAUUCGGAAAACGUAGCAACACCGUAUAAAAAAACAGUUCCAGCAUGCGAGAGUUGCAAAUUCUUAGUGGAGGGAUUGAAAACGUUGCAAGAAACCGUGGAAAAUUUAAAAAAAGAAUUUAAUUCAACCGUAUCUAUUCAAAAUGAUGCUGUGAUGUCUGCUCUUGCUCAACAAAAAAUUAUAUUGGAGAAGUUAGUUCGGCAAGAUAACGUGCUUACUUCAGUAAAGCAAUACUUUCCGAUAAAAACCACUGAGGACCUGAAUACAAUAGAAUCCAAAAUUUUUCCCGAAAACACUCAUUUGUUUAUUACCACUAUGAGGACAGUAUUAAACCAUUCGGUGAUGAAAAACUUAAGAUAUCUGUUGACAACCGAAAUCAUAAUGACUUAUAACAUAGACGGGGCACACGGCAAGAAAGGUCUGAAGGAGUUCUCUAAGUUUUAUUCAGCCUUGUUGGAAUCAAUAACAAGCAUUACAAGUUGUGAUGAGCCUGAGGUGCAACUUAAGAGCGAAAUACACCACACAAGCGGUUUGACAAACCAAGCGAAAUUUCCCUUUGCUUCAAGCCAUUUGUGCUGUGUAUGGGGGUGUUUGAAGGUUUGACAAACCGCUUGAGGGAAAUUUGAGCAAAAAUCAAAAUUUUUUGAUUUUCUGGCCGCCAUGUUGAUGUUUGAUCAAACCGCUUGCGUUGUGUAUAGCAAAAUCGCCUCAUUCGCAACGAAAUUUUCACCGAGUAAGGACGUAAGAGAGGAAAAUGAAAGAAAACCAUAAUAUUUAGCAUUGCGAACUGGAAGAAAACUAAAAUUCUUUGCUUGAACGAGUCAUGUUUGCAUGGUGUAUGGCGAAAUGGGAAAAGUAGGUUUGAAGAAUGUUUGACAAGCCGCUUGUGUGGUGUAUUUCGCUCUUUAGGAAGGCAAUGCAGCUGCACAAGAAGCGAGAGUUUCAAAAAAGAAGCUCGGACAAAGCUGCACAAUCAACUAGCCAAACUAGUCAAUAAUUAGUAUUCAUUUAUAACUAUGUACAUGAAUUU